AACAGGUUUCGGGCUCAAUGAUGUGGUAGUCUGUGCACUUGAUGUUCAGUGGACUCCACCCCUUCAUUUAGUUUUUUAAAAAGGACAUGUUCUCAGGAAAAGGCAGAAGGACGGUGAACACCUCUCAGCUCGCCAUAAGGACUUCUCAACAAUCAAGCCAGAUUGGUGUUGUUUGACUUCAUGUUCUUCUGAUCUAACAGGAUGGCAAUGCUGUUUGAUCUGUUGAAUUGUAACCGUACCAAAAGGAUUUCCUUCAUGAAGAAGUGUCUUCUCCUAUUUCUCCUCUGUGUAUUACCUCUGGCUUUUCUUAAACUCCAGCACACAGAAAUAAUCGUAGACACAAAACAGCACAAUUCUGUGACAAUUCUACUGUGGCACCGACCGUUUGGCGCGUCUUAUGACAUGAGUGGUGAUCCAUGCUUGGGCCUCCACAACAACACACCGCUCUGCAAGGUCACAGAGGACAAAUCUUUGUUCCCCAAGGCAGAUGUGGUGGUUUUCCACAACUCUGAGAUUGCCAGGGGGCAGGUGAAACUCCCUCUGAAUCGUCCCAGGCCGCUGGGCCAGAGGUGGGCCUGGCUGUCGCUGGAGUCCCCUGCUAACAAUGGAGAUCUGAGGAAAUUUGCCAAUAUUUUCAAUUUGACCAUGAACUACAGGAGGGAUGCCGAUAUUACGACAAACUAUGGCGAGCGGGUUGAGAAAGUGACGAGUGAAGACGCUCACCCGGUGCAAAAUGUUACACGGAAUAAAGAAUUCUUGGCGUGUUGGGUGGUCAGCAACUAUAACCCUUCUCACAGAAGAAGUAAGGUGUACAAAGAACUCAACAACAUAAUACCCGUGAAAGUCUUCGGGCGCUGGACAAAAACUCCCCUAAGCACAGAAGCACUCCUGCCCACAAUCUCUCGCUGCUACUUCUACUUGGCCUUCGAAAACUCUGAAUUUAAAGAUUACAUCACAGAGAAGCUUUGGAAGAAUGCUUAUCUGUCCGGGGCAGUUCCUGUCGUCCUUGGAGCGCCGGUACAGGAUUAUGAGGCCGUGGCACCGCCUCACUCUUUCAUUCAUGUCGACCAAUUUAAGUCUGUAAAAAUGCUGGCUGAGUAUUUGCUGCAGGUAGCAGGAGACCAAAAGCGCUACAACGAGUAUUUUCAGUGGAAGCAGAAGUGGAACGUGAAAGUGAGGUAUAAUUGGAUCGACAGUCUGUGUAAACUCUGCUCCCACUAUGACCAUUUGCCUCCUAACAAGGUUUACAGUGAUCUGGCAGCGUGGCAUCGCGCAAAGUAAGGCUCAUUCAUGCACAAAUAUCACAAAAUGGAUGGGCCAUUUUAUCUGAAUGCUGACGUAAACGUAUGCACUUUUGCUUCAUAUUUAAUAACCUUUUCUACAAAGUUUCUAGAGGCCUACUUGUAAUUGUUUUGAAUAUAAAACUUGAUAGAAAACAAGGAAAAUCUUUACAUAACAUCCUGUAGCUGUAUAUAUUUUUGGAGACUUUGUGCAAUACGUUAAAAUAUCUGUAAAAUUAGUCAUGCAUGGGUUGUAUUUUAUGUGAAUUCCUGUUUAUCGUGAGCAGUGUUGUCACAGAUUACUUGAAAAAAAAAAUUUAAUUACUGCUUAUGCCUCCAAAAAGUAAUCUACCGUAUUUUUCGGACUAAAAGCCGCUAACUUUUUCCCAGCAUUUCUACCCUGCAGCUUAUAUAAAGAAGGAUUUUUAAAAUUUAUUUACAAACGAGCUUCAUAAUGUUUUGUUAAAAGUAACAAAAAAUGGAUAAUCAGACAUAUUUUAAAAGAAUGGCUUUCAAAUUUUGCCAUGACACAGCUCUCAGCCACUACGCUAGCACCAAUAAAGCUUGCCAGAAGCUCGUCAGUCUUCAAAACUCAGGAUUUUAUAGAUCAAUAUGACUUCAUCUGAUACUGUAUACUGCUACAAAAGAACAAUUUUAUCUGGAUGGGCAUUCACUAUUUGCUAGGACAAGAGAACGGGAUGCUAGCGUUGAUUAGCUGUUUUCAACUGGCACUCAGAGGACUUUAUUGCCAUAGUAUGCUACAACAAAGUUGUUAUAUACGGGCUAGCGCUAGCUGUUAACCGUUUUUAAGAGGAUUUCAUCCAUAUCAAGUUUACAAGUGGAUUACUGUAUAUAUCUUUGCAAAUGUAGCAACCUGUUUUUUUUAAAGUUAGUUUGUUUUGAAGCAUUCAGAAAACACGGGUCGGUGUUGUUGAUGCGUGUUUAUCUGGUUAAUACAUUGUUGCUCAAUCAAAUAUUUCUGUGUAACAUCUAUGUAAAUAUCCAAUGGUAAGAUAUGGACACUUGCGGUUUAUAGUCAGAUACGGCAUAUAUGUGGAUUUAUUUCUAAAAUUUUGUGAAAUUUUGUUGGUGCGACUUUUAAUCAGGUGCACUUUAUAGUUCAGAAAUUACGGCACUUUAUUGAUUACUUUACUAUAAAAAAAACUAAGUAACUUUAAAAGUAAUUUAUCAGUUACUUUUUUACAAAUUUUCUCCCUUUGCUGCCUCAACAUAAGAAUGACAACUGAAAAAUGUCAUCACAUGUCAUUGAAUUUUCCACAUAAGGCUUAAUCUUUGAGUUAGUAGGGGUUAAAUUAGUCGAUGGAGUUGAUUUCAACCCCCAUAACUCGUGCUAGCUUCGCCACUCCGGAACCCUGAAACCAAUAACUGACAAACUGCAUGGAAAUCAACUCCAAUGACUAUUUGAACCCCAGCUAACCCGAAGAUUAAGCCUAAUGUCAAAAAUUCUGAUCGUCCCCUUUAAAAUAAAGACCUAGCUGUUAAAAUGUUGCCUAUAAAAGUUGUAAAGCAAUGAAACAAACAACAAAAAUGAACAAAAUGAGCAAGAAUCCUUCGAAGUACUUCAUAAUGUAGGGUGACCAAACGUCCUCUUUUGCCCAGACAUGUCCUCUUAUUACGUGCUCUUCGAAGGGUCUGGCCGGGUUUCAUAAAUUUAUGAAAUUGUCCGGUUUUUAUGAUUUUUCACGGAACCAAUUUGAAGAGAAUCCCUCCGGCCGCUAGGAGGCAGCGCGUACCUGCAUUGAGGUGGCUCCGACUAAUAGGGGCGGGAGAAGGAGUACAUCUUCUUCCUGUUUUUUGUUGGCAGUUUACCCUUUGUUUCAUGUGGAAUUACCACCAUCUAACGACGGUUAACAGUUUGGCAAGAAAUCAGACUACAGCAAGGAGUUUUAAGACGUGGCUCCAUACACCUUUCUGUAGGUUUCUCUCCUGUUAAUGUCGAUCACGUGUGUUGAAUAUUGGGUUAUAUGUGUAAACAGAGAUGCAGUAUAUUGUAUUAGUCUUGUAUUAAUUAUUCUGCGUUCGUGUAUUUGGUUGAAUCUUAGUAUAUUUUUAAUAGGAGCGCCUGCCAGUUUUUUACGAUAAAUACGUAUAUAAUGGCAACUGUUGACUUCUGUCGGAGAUUUGUACUGCCGUAAUCUGUAAAAUCCUGUUUGGUGUCGCAUCGUUGCGCUGCCGAUGAUUGUAAACUUUUAUAGCAAAGUUUGAUUUUGCCUCACCCGAUACUCGCUAACAGGGUAGCUAUCGGUGCGCUCAGCCACGCUAGGCAUUAUGGGCAAUGUAGUUUUGAACUGCUGCGUUUGGAAACAUGCUGGUUGAACAGCUUGUCAGUUUAUUUCAGUUAUAGUUUGCGAACACUGAAUGAGAAUAAAAUUGAGUGGGAAUAACAAUUUGUCAACGACAAUUGUCGUGAUAGUAAUUUAUAAAAAUGUUGAGUUGGCACAUAGCCUACUGUGUGUGCGUAUUGACUGGACUACAUUUCCAUGGGUCUGCAUUAUAUAUAUGUAUCUAUAUAUAUAUAUAUAUAUAUAUAUAUAUAUAUAUAUAUAAUUUUUUUUAAUCAAUGUUCGUUUUUUUUUUUUUUUUUUUUUAAGAAGAAUAAAGCCUGUUGAGUAAAAAAAUAUUUCCAUAUAGUGUAUAAUAUAUACUAAAUACUGAAUUUUUCUAACCAGACGGAGGAGGCACACUUUAAAUAUAUUAAAGUUAUAUAGGCAUCUUUGAGUGGACUUCGAGUAAAAUUCAAGUAACUCGAGGCCGGGCCGAGUGUCCUCUUUUUUGGAAAUCAAAAUAUGGUCACCCUAUCAUAAUGGGUCCUAAUUAUUUUUCGAACAGAUCAUGCGAGUAGCACCUUAGAAACGGUCCUUUGCUUAGCCAAAACUACAGGUGAAGAGGCAAGAUGGAUGUUACAAGAAUUUCUUUAAACCAAAGCUUUCAAAAGCUUCAACAACAACUGAGCCUGAACCAAGGGUUGAACACACACAGUGUCAAGAUGUACAGUCAAGUGAAAAAAAUAGGACACCCCAUUAAAUAUUCAGUUCUUUUUUAAGAAUUGUUCUCACACCAAUGUCCGAUCUCGUUUUUCUUUAUCUCUGGAAAAGAAACUUAUUUAAUUGCAGGGAACAACUAAAAUGAACUUUGUAUUACUCGUUAAAGCAAAUAUUUCAACAAAAAUGCAUAUUCUCACUGAGGAAAAAGUUAGAACACCCUGCCACCUAAUAUCUAGUUUUACCCCCUUGGCUGAAAUAACUUCAGUGAGACGCUUUUUGUAGCCAUCUACCAGUCUUUGACAUUGGUCUGAAGAAAGUUUGCCCCACUCCUCAACGCAGAAUACUUUCAGCUGUGAGAUGUUUGAGGGGUUUCUUGCAUGUACAGCCCGUUUCAAGUCACCCCACAGCAUCUGAAUGGGAUUAAGAUCUGGGCUUUGACUCAGCCAUUCCAGGACUCUCCAUUUCUUCCUUUUCAGCCAGACCUUGGUGGAUCUCCUGGUAUGUUUCGGGUCAUUGUCAUGUUGCAGUGUCCAGUUUCGCUUCAGCUUCAAUUUUUUCACAGAUGAUCUCACAUGUUCCUCAAGCAACCUCUGAUACAUGAUAGAAUUCAUGGUGGAUUCUAUGAUGGUGAGCUGGCCAGGUCCUGCUGCAGCAAAGCAUCUCCAAACCAUGACACUUCCACCUCAAAUAAUUCAAUUUUAGAUUCAUCUGUCCAAAGAACAUUAUUCGUGAAGGCCUGGUCUUUGUCUACAUUUACUCGGGCAAACUUCAGUCUGGCCUUCAUGUUCUUCUCGGAGAGCAAAGGUUUCCUCCUUGCACACCUCCUAUGAAGGCUAAACCUGUGAAGCCUCUUUCUGAUUGUAGAGGCAUGCACUUUCACAUCAACAGUAGCAAGAGCCUGCUGUUAGUCCCAUGAUGACAAUUUAAGGUUUUUGGAGACUUCUUUUAGCAUCUUGCAGUCUGCUCUCGAUGGGUGAACUUGCUUGGACGGCCAGACCUGGGCACGUUGGCAUUUGUCUCACCAUGGUGUUUUCUCGGUCUUCAACAGUCAGAGGCACACCAAACUAAAUGUAAGGUUUAAAUAAGGCAAGCCUCCUUCAAAACACUGGGUAAUGGUGUUCUAAUCAUGUGCACCUUAUGUGAUACCCGUGUAUGAUUUUAGCCAUUUUAAGAGGGAUUCAACGUGGGUGUGUCCUAAUUCAUUCUUUAACAGAAAUUGCAUUUAUUUAAAAUUACAUUUUACAGAAAAUUAUUCAAAAUCUUUUUUUUUUUCUGUUAUAAUUGUUUAGUUGUACUACUUGAAUCUCUCAAGAUUGUUAAAAUUGAUAUUAAAUAUCUGUAUGACCAAAUAUGUUAGAAAACACAUUUUUUUCCACAUGACUGUAUAUAUCGUAAAUAUAGUACAGGCCAAAAGUUUAGACACAUCUCAUUCAAUGCUUUACAAAUGAUGGUCCAAACCCCAUUGAAAAGGCAACAAAUUCCACUUAAUAACCCUGAUACGACAUACCUGUGAAGUCAAAACAUUUUCAGGUGUCUGUAUCUUGAAGCUCAUUGAGAGAGUGCCAAGUAAUACGGGCAAAGGGUGGAUACUUUGAAGUAGAAUAAAAAAACGGUUUUCAGUUAUUUCUCCCGCAGAAGUUAAAUAGCCUGUGGUUACAAACUGUAACUAUCAAAUGUACGUAACGGCGGGUUAAAAACUGUAGAAGUGCUGGCUGUCUCAAUACCUGUAGGCUUUGUUUAAAGCUUUGUCACAUUGUGCUGUAAUUCCAAUUGGUUCCUUGAAUUGGAUGUGGAGUUUGGGCAGUGCUUUUGAGCCAGUGCAAAUUUUGCAAUGCGCAGAGAUAUUUUUGUCAUAUUUACUGGACAAAAAUGUGAAUUGGAAAAUGUGAAUGGAGCAUUUGCUCCAGUGAGCAAAUGCAGCCAUUUGUGGUAUCUCUCCUGCCUCUUUCAUUGUUCGUGUCCUGACGAGGUAGCUAGGCUAUGUCGUUUUGGCUGCCGCCGCCACAGACUCUCAGCGCUCACACAGCAUGGUAAUACACGUGACCCGUUAUUUUGUCCUCCAAUUAGAAAACGUGACAUGUGAUGUCACUCCCAAACUCAAGAGCAUUUCAAAUAGAAAUGUUGCUCUUUGUACAUGACUACAGUAUUCUUCAUUCUACAUACAUUAUGAGGCAAUAACAAAAUAGUAACGCAUAGGCACUAAGGAGACUAACUUUAAUCAGAUUACUGGUUUGGAAAAAUGUCUUUACAGUCCUCGUUACUGUAAGAAAGUGAUCGUAUUACAGUGACAACACUGAUCGCGAGUAGGUGAAGGCAAAAAACGGUUUAAGGGAUAUCUUGCUAUGUGUGUCAAUAUACUCUGGUGUUGGGUGUAUUAGGAGUGAUUUUUUAUUUGUCUCACAUCAGUAACUGUCAUUCUACA